AUGGCUGAAGAUAAUUCCUUCACUUAUCAAGAGACUAUUAUUGAGGGCUUUUUAUGUCCUUCGUGUUUUAAACCCUUCAGUGGACCCGAGCUUUUGGAAGUCCACUUUGCUAAAGAACAUUUCCAUAACACUUUGUCUCAUGACCAAUUUCAGAAUUAUGUGAAAGCCCCUGUAAUAGGAAAAAUCCGUAGUCUUACAUCUGAUUUCGACAAACUGCGCCAAGCUCAUGUCGAUCGAACUGCUCUGGAAACAAACCUUCUUCUGAUUAGAUUAGAGAAACUCUCAAACAUUCCUGACAAUCUAGAGACGUCCCAACGUCAUGCUCUUGAACAAAGCAUAGUGCCAUGGAUUGAGGCUAAAGUCAACCUUUGUCCCCGCUGUGGUGCUUCCUUUGGUCUUAGUUGGUCAAAAGACUCUAUUCCCGACGAUUCAACGUCUCCCAUUACCUCCCAUUCUCUCCUCGUCUCUGCUCCUGCCUCUCUUUCCCGUCGGGCCCGCAAGAGUCUGCACAUAGCCUCCAGAUUUGUCGCCACACUCAUCGAUAAUGACCCUGUCUACCGUCGGAUGCACCACUGCCGUCUGUGUGGUCAUAUAAUCUGUGCAGACUGCUCCUUCUUCCUCUCUAAAGAGGAGAUUUCGCAUGUCAUGGAAGCCUGCAAUUGGGCUUGUAGUGAUACUUUAAGAAGCAAGACCGUUCCCGUGGAUAAUCUUCAGCCUAACGAAGGAGGAACCCUCAAGCACAUGCCUCCCUUCUUUUCGAGAGCGACGUCUGUAACCAGUCUGGACAGUGCCGUUCCAAAGCGGAGAGAAGAGAUUCCUAAAUUGCGUAUUUGCGAGGUAUGUAAGUCGGUUUUGGAAGAGAAGAUGCAGCAGAUUGAGGAGAGCAGUGCAACACCGCUGGGUUUUGAGGAGUUUCAGGCGCUGAAACAAGAGAUGGCGAAGGUGACUGAAAAGAUGCCUUUGUUCUCCUCGAUGGCGAACAGUUUAAAUUCGGGUGAAGAGAAGUAUAUCCUAGAGAUUGCCAAGUCUCUGCGUUUGGAGUUGCUUCAGAGUCUGCGAAAGAUUGACGAGAUAGGGAAGGCGAUCGCCAGUCUGGACGUCUCAUUGAGCAGAUCAGCGGCCACGCAGGCCCGCCUAAACCGCACGGUAGGACAGUUCGCGCGGCGCUUUGUGCAGAACAACCUACCCUCAUUGCGGGUCCUCCCUAGUGAGAUGGAGCACCGGCGAUUGGCACAGAAACGCGCCACUGAGUUGGAGUCCAAACGGCAGGAGGUGAGUGCCACUAUCAUUACUACAAAUUCGUUCUUCAAAUGCGUCAAAGUGGUGGCUUUCAGUAUCACUUACCUCGGUCUAGGAGCAUAUUACUACGGCCGUUUGAUGGGCAUAGAUGUAUCCGAUGUCUACCUUGUUACGGUCACAGCAAUAAGGCAUGAAAGAAGGAAUCUGGGUCUACUUCGUGAGGGGAUUGUGGUGGUGUCGUCUGAAGCAGGAUGGAUGCCUUCCUCUAUGCGCAGCGGUGAUUAUUUUGCUGGGGACUCAGUAACGGCGCAGAUGGCAGAGGAGGAAGUGGUGGGGUUCGAUGAGAGUAAUCCUCGCGUCAUCCUGAUGCGUCAGAUGGAUCUGGUGGCAGACUACCUGAUGCAGGCACAAGCCGCACACCGCUCCACUGAGGAGAUCACCAAUCUUGCGCAAAAUCUAGCCGAUCUGGAAAUUGAGCUGACCCGUAUUAGCGCCGCCUCCCCGCAUCACUAUUUGGAGAAUGAGGACUUUCUAGGCGUCGUCCUUCAGGUGCAUCGCGUAAAGCAACUCAAGGGUCCCACUCUGAGCCGACGUAGGGAGGAGCCACGCUCGUCAAGCGGGUGUCGUUAUCAGUGGAAGUGGCCAAGGCUUAAGGGGAACAUCGUCGACGUUGAUGCAACGUCAGUGAGCGAGGGAAAAUUCACCAUUUGCUUGUCCAAACCCAAACUACGUGUCGUCUUUUCUAAGGUAGAGCACUGCUACUUCCGAGUCACUGCAUGUCAGGUUAGUCUGGAUUUGGCGCACCGACUGUGUCACUUUCUCCAUGCUGUGAAGAAUCGAGAAGACGUUGACGUAAGAGCCUUGAACGCCUGUGGUGGAGUCGUAUCUGCCCCGGACCGUGGAGUUGCGAUUGCAGGUACUGCGGCGCUGCCGCCUUUGCUGUCGCGUUUGUGGUGUGGGGGCAGACCGGUUCGUAAGGUGCUUUGCGUCGAGAAACAACUAUUCGAGGUUUCACAGAGUGAUGAAAGGGACAUGAUCCAAAAUACUGCGCUCCAUUGGGCAAUAGCUAACUGUCACAUGGAUUGCGUUGUACUUCUCCUGGACUACGGAAUCCCCUGGAAGCAGCAAAUGAAGAGCUUCGGAGAUGUUGCAGCCACAGAAGUCCUUUUAAAGGCUGGCGACUCUAGCCAAGACCGAGGCAGAGAACUGCACAUAGCUCUUACAAAGGCUGCGUCGAAGGGUCACCCUGAGGUGGCCAAACUCUUGCUUGAUCGUGGGGCCGAGGUCAACCGCUGUGAGGAUAGCAUUGAAGCGCCUAUAUUUGCAGCCAUCAGUAGCGGUAGUUUGGCAGUUUCAAAGCUCUUCAUCGGUUGUUACGUCAACAUGAAGGAGCGAAACGAGGAGGGUAGCACACCACUCAUGGUAGCUGCUCGAAAUGGUGCCACAGCCUUGGUUUCAGUGCUACUUGAUGUCGGCAAGUAG